AUGGUUAACCAUUCAUCCAUAGCGUCACUUCUUUGCCACAUCGCUCGUCUCACUAAGUUGGGUCAGAAAGCGCCGGCGAACAAACAAAACAUCUCACAACCAAUCAACAAGGAACCUAGACCGGCUGCCUCUUGCUUACCAGCUGAACUCUUGUCCGAAAUUUUCAUGCGCACACUUCCACCAUUUGAUGAAUUAUUCCCCCCAUCAAAACUACGAUCUCCUAUGCUAUUGACAAGGAUAUGCAGAAGAUGGCGGGAAGUCGCUGUCGGCACGCCAGGUUUAUGGUGCAGACUGUUUGGUAGGUUUAUGAGCUCCCACUGCAGGCACAGGAAGAAAGAAUCCUUCUGCUACGACACAUGGCUCAAGCGAUCGCAAGGACUUCCCCUGUCGUUGGAAGUCAUGUGUUUUCCAAAUCCCUUGAUCGGCCUUCUUCAGCAUUACACGAAUCAAAUUUCGUCUCUUCGUAUCGUUUGCUGCGCUGCCACACAUGACCUUCUGUUAAACGACCUCCCAGCACUUCAGGUGCUUACCCUAGAUGGGCAGAUCAACUACUCUCAAUCGAAGAGGAGUACUGUUGCACGAUCUAUCUUGAACCACUCAUUCACCCUGCGCAGUCUCACAGUCACUGGUAAUGAACCAUCAUUCUACUCGGCCGACUUCGAUCCCUUCAAGAAUUCCAGAUGGACCCACCUCACAGAUGUUAAUAUCUGUGUUCGUCAAAAAAAUGUACUCGUCGCAUUGCUGCAGCAGGCUCCCAACCUCUCCUCAGUCAAGAUUUUCAUAAUAGACAUACACCCUGAACCCCCCUUACCGGUAAAGCUAUGUAAGCACGAGAAGCUUCAACUCUUGCACAUUCGUUCUUUUGAACCGUUCUUAUCACUCCCCUACAUGUUUAAUGCCCUGUCACUCCCCAACUUGCGCAAUUUUAUUGCCAAUGAAGGGAUGCAGCCUGAGUGGCCUCACGAGGAGUUUAAAGCAUUUUUAGCACGGUCAAAGUGUCCUCUGGAGGUCCUGCACUUUGGUAGUGGAAUGACGGAAACCCCAAGAUUCGACGAGCAGGCAGCGGAAUACAUUGCUCUCAUUCCUUCUCUUAAAGUGUUCCCGCCUCGUAAAUGCAUAAGAUAG